GUCUAUAUAUACAAUGGAAUUAGAUCUAACCUUCAUUAUCAUUCUCUAGUUAAAGGGAAGUUUUUGUUCAUAGAAUAUACAAAAAUGGUUGAUAACUUUGGAGGUAGUUCGUCUAAUGACAAUGGCGGUAUCAAGGAACAAGACAGGUUGCUUCCAAUAGCCAAUGUUGGUCGGAUAAUGAAGCAGAUUUUGCCUCAGAAUGCGAAAGUAUCGAAGGAAGCAAAGGAAACAAUGCAAGAAUGUGUGUCCGAGUUCAUAAGCUUCGUGACGAGUGAAGCAUCGGAGAAAUGCAGGAAGGAAAGGAGAAAGACUGUAAAUGGUGAUGAUAUUUGUUGGGCUUUAGCAACACUUGGUUUUGAUGAUUAUGCUGAGCCAAUGAGAAGGUACUUGCAUAGGUAUAGAGAGUUAGAAGUUGAUAAAAUUAAUACUAAUAAUCAAGAAAUUAGAGGUGGAAAUAGUCCUCAAGAGAUAAAUGAAAUUUAUAGAGGCUCAUCCGUCUUACGAGGUCCACCAACGACACGUCCCUCUGGGGGCCAAGGCCCUCUACUACUGGUCGGCAAGCGAACGACGAGCACACACAUCGCUUCUAACCCGUAUUCUGACUUAGAUGCGUUCAGUCAUAAUCCAACGUACGGUAUUUUCACGCUACUGGCUUUUCAACCAAGCGCGAUGACCAAUUAUGUGAAUCAACGGUUGCUCUCGUACUACUAA